CUAAAUUCUCAAUUGCAGUUUGAAUAAAAUAAAAAUCAAAGAUAAUCCAGCAGUUACCCGAUAGCAGAUAGCAGACGCAGACAGCAGUAUCCAUCAUGUCAUACCAGAUCAAGUCGACGCCGUUUUUCCGCCGCAUGUACAACAAUAGCCAAAGGAAUGGCCAGCUGCAGCGUUUGAGGGAGGAGUACGAGCGGAUACAGGAGUUCAACGACCGCACCAUCGAGCUGAAGAUGCGCCAGGUGAGGCUGAAGCGACUCUUCCGCGAGAUCGAGGAGAUCAAAGAGGGGCCCCCCGCCAUGUCGGGCACUGGCACUAGCACUGGCGCUGUCGCUGGCGCUGGCCCUGGUCCUGGCCUCGAUGGCACUGGCACCUGCAACGUUGGAACCUCCUCCGCCACGGCUAGGUCGAUGCAACGACGCCGUCGGCUGGAGCUGCUGGCGCCAACGGUCGAGCAACAGCAGUAUCUGCAGCGCCUGGACACGCUGGCACGCGCCAAAGAGCUGGGCAAGGAGAUUUCUCGUCGCAAUGCGGAACUGGCCGAGGCCGGUGUAGGCCACUACCUGCGCAGCGAUCUGCGAUUGACCACCAAAAUGCAAGCGGCCGUUAAUGCGAAGCGCGCGGCGGCGGACAGACGGGAGCGGGCCGCCAAACGGAUCAGCUACGGCAAUGCCCAGUCCAAGCACAACCUGAAGCGACUCGUCACCAGCCGCUUGCGGCGUCUUUGUGGUGGUGGAUCCACUGGCACGGGCGCCGCCGGUGCUGGCUUGAUGGACUCCUCCCCUGGCAGCUCUGGCCAGCAAGGACCAGUGGCUGGCACCAAUGCGUCACGGCUGCAGCGUCCUGAUCUGACUAAGAAGGCCAUGCUCAAGCAGCGUCUGCUCUACGGCAACUCGCGCUCCUGCAGCAACAUGAGGCGGCUGAGGCGUCACAACCAAAUCCAGGGCCACGGCCGAGACCAGGCGCCUGUGAAAUUGUGCAGCCAGGUGGAGCUCCUGGCCGACUUCGUCGAGGAAGGGGAUGAUGGUGAUGAGGAAGAGCAGGGCCUGGAGCUGCCGAGCGAGUCAUCUGGCCGCUUGCAAAUGGCCCACUACACGCCCAGCAGCAGCGGCACCACGGACACCAUCACAACGGAGGAUCUGGAUGAUCUGGAAGACUUUGGGGAACUAAAGGACCAGGGGGCACCAGCCACGAUUCUAGAAGGGACAUCUGAAGAGGAGGAUGGCUCCGAGACGGAAAUGUGCACGGUUUCGCGUGCAUCUACAUCCCAGGCGAUAAAACAGGGCUCACAGUGCUCCAGGCAGGUAUCGAUGGCGCUCCAGAAUGAAGGUACAGAUCGCGUGCACCCCGAGGGUGCGGUGUCCAGCACUCAGGACAACACCAACAAUUGGCACCGCAUCUCCCUGACCCUGCCGUGGUUCAAGGCCUUUCCCAGAUUAUUGGACGGCACUCUGCCAGUGCCAGCCUCCACCACCGAAAGCAUUGCGUCGAGCAGCAGCUAUGAAGAUCUGGCCACCUCCAACCAUUCUUAUGGAGACGACUAUUCCUAUCCGCAGCACCAGGGAUUUGUCCUGCCGCCCUUCAGGUUCCGCAAAUCAAACAACUAGAAAGUGCCGAUGGGACAGUACGGGAUGGUCGGGCCACAAAGCGAUGAAGCAGCAAAAAAAAAUACAAAUAAACCAAAACUUGAGUUCGAUUCCUGCCCUAGACUGGACCCGUGACCGAAGCUGUGCUCCAGAUCCAGAUCUCACCGAAAGGGACACAGGCGUGGCGGCUACAAUUCUACUUUUUUGAGCUCCGCAAUGAGCGAGAGAGAGGCAAAAAAUUCCAAUUGUAACUCCCGAGACGCCAAUCGCCUCAGUGUGGGGAAACACAGACGGACACGUGUCCAGGAGGGGAUCCGCAUCCGUCCAUAUACCAAGCAGAAGCCCUAUCCCAAACGGAGUCCCAAUUUCAGACGAAGAAAGACGGAGAAUGGGAGAUUGAUACAGAUUAUCGGAGAAUACAUUGAAAUUUCUUUGUUUUGAGCGAGUACAAAUUAAACGCACAACAUUAUUAGUUUU